GCAAAUAUCUUUGAGGUUCCUAUUUAGGGUUUUCUUUGAAGUUUUAGGAUUUUGAUUUUCCAUUCAAGUGUUUGGACUAUCAUUUUUUGGAGUUUUGUUGUGUUUGUGUUAUUGGUUGGUGAUUUGGCUCACACAUUAGUACUGCUUUAAUUGAAAAUUUAGGAAGUAUUAUCUUGGACGUAAGAUCCCGUAAAGAUUGUUUAAUCCUACCCUAAAACUGAAGGAACAACAGUGACUCUAAUGGCGCUUCCAGCAAACUAUAAACAAGCAGCUAUUCAGAUGGCCACCCCACAAGCUUCAAAUCAUUUGAUGUCGGCUGGCGCUCCCGUGACUUUCAACAUUCUGAAAGAGAGACUCAAAGCUUCAGGGGGAUCCGGAUCAUCUUCUCACAAAGAAACAAAUCCCUUUAUUUCUACACCAUCAACGGGAAACACAGGUUUUAUUCCACAGAAAGUGGGCACUGGCAAGGGGAAAACGGAGACUAAGUUGCUAAAAGCACCUAAAGCACCCGAAAAACCUCUUAUGCCCUAUAUGAGAUACAGUCGUAAAGUAUGGGAUACCGUUAAAGCUCAAAACUCGGACUUAAAGCUAUGGGAGAUCGGCAAAAUCAUUGGUUCAAUGUGGAGGGAUCUCCCAGAGGAUCAGAAACAGGAGUUUAUUGAAGAGUAUGAAAUUGAAAAGUUAGAGUACGAGAAAAGUCUGAAAACAUACCAUAACUCGCCAGCAUAUCAGGCUUAUAUUCAAGCCAAAAAUAAGGGAAAAUCUGCAGCCCAAGGAACUGAUGGAGACACUCACGAAAGAGUGUCAAGUUCAUCGAAGCAAUCUGCAGACAGAAGAAUUGAAAUUCAACCUGCUGAGGAUGAAGAAGACCAAGAUGAUGGAUACUCGGUAAAACAUCUUGCCUAUGCCAGAUAUCUCAGAAACCACAGGCUAAUUAACGAGAUUUUUUCGGAUUCUGUCGUUCCCGACGUACGAUCAGUAGUGACUACUGGGAGAAUGCAAGUUUUAAAGAGACAAGUACAGUCACUUACAAUGCACCAAAAGAAGCUUGAAGCCGAGUUGCAACAGAUCGAAGAGAAAUUCGAGGCCAAAAAGAGAAAAUUCGUUGAGAGUAGCGAGCAGUUCCAGGAGGAACUGAAAAAGGUAAAGCACUCCAAACCUGCAGUUGACGAAGACACUUUCAUAAAAAUGGUAGAAAAGCAGUAUGACUUACUUAAAAAAGAACGCACCAAAGGAACCCACGAGGAACCUAAAAAACCGGUCCUUAAUGGAACCGCUGAACUUUCCGCAUCCGCCAAUGCUUAUGCACAGCAAAACGGACAAGCGGAGCCUGAACCCAUGGACACUUCACCAGCGGGUUCCGCUGGAUCCCCACAAGCGUCUAGUGUGUCACCCAAAGAGCCUCCAGAAAAAUUAGAAGCUGGCCCGAGGGCUCAAUCUCCUCAACAACCGCCACGUGCCUCUCCUGGCCCUCAACCUAUGCAGGGUCCUCCAGCACCUCAACUUCCACAUUCGCCAUAUGGAGCGCUACCUGGUCCACAUGGAGCACCACCACAUGGAGGAGGUUUACCUCUUAAUCACCAUGGACACCCAGCUCCACCCCAAGGUUCGAGCGGUUCACCAGGUGUGCCGUCACCACACAGUGGACCAACUGGAUCUUCAGCUCACCCGGGACAUCCACCCCCAACACAAGGUCCAGUUCCAUCACAUCCAGGACCCAUGAUACCGCCAUCGCAACCUUACCCGCAGCAAUACCCUCAUCAAGGGUCUCCAACACCACACCAACAAGGGGUACCUUUACCAGCUAGACCACCACCACAUCAAGGUUAUGGUUAUCCUCCUGGACAACAACCGGCAGGAUAUGCUCCUCACCAACCAGGUUAUCCGCCUCAACCAGGCCAGUAUCCUGGUUACGGCCAUUAUCCUCCCCAAGGAUAUCCUCAAUAUCCACCGCAGGGUCGUGCCAAUCCCUACACCCCUUCCUCACAUGAGGGAUCUCCCGAUCCAGCAGGAGGAUCUCCGCAGGGAACGCAACCCGGCCCGUAUCCCGGACCGGAUUCCUCUCAGGGGUCCGGUAAGAGCGAGGACCAAGGUAAGGGAAGAAAAAAGAAACCAGCGGGAGCGACAAAGAAAAAGAAGAAAAGUAGCCCCGCAACUGAGAAUUAAAAGUUUUAGUUUUAGGUUCAUACAUUGUAAUUUAGUACUUAGGCAUCAAAAAUUUAUUAUUUAAGUAUUCCUAGUGUACUUUAAAGGAUUACUGUAUUGUCAUAGUUAUAGAUAAAUGGAAUAUAAUAAACAUUUAGGCUUAAAUUAUUCUUGUAAUUUUUAAUAAAAAGGUAUUGAGACAG